GACUCCUCCUCCUCCUCCGUGGACUGAGCUGGGCGCCAUCGAGCCGAGGCGGAAGCGGCGCGCGGACCGGAAAGGAGGGCAGGAGGCGGGCCUGGUUGCCAUGGCGAGGGGCGCCCGGCCCUAGAGAGCGGAGCGGGAGUCCGCCAUGACCUCGGCUUCCACGAAGGUGGGCGAGAUCUUCUCGGCGGCGGGGGCGGCCUUCUCCAAGCUGGGCGAGCUGGCCAUGCAGCUCCACCCCGUCGCAGACUCCUCCCCCGCCGGGGCCAAGUGGACGGAGGCGGAGGUCUCCCUCCUGCGGGCCUCCGUCCAGCGCUUCGGCGACGACCUCCACCGCAUCAGCGCCCUCAUCAAGGAACGCACCGUGGCGCAGCUGAAGGGGGCGGCGAAGCGCAAGGCCUACGAGGACAGCGGCCUCCCGGCGGAGUCGCCCAAGAAGGGGCCCCGGAAGGGGUCGGGGGGGCCACAGGGGUCCGCUCCGGCCCCCGCCCCGACCUCUGAGCCCCCCGCCAAGAAGCACAAGCCCUGUGAUGUGACCCUCAGCGCCCUGAACGAUUCGGACCCCCAGAGUGACCUGGUGGACAUCGAGGGCCUGGGAGACCCCCCUCCGGUCAAGAAGCUGACCUUCGACCAGGACAGCCUGACCCUGGACUCCGCCUUCCUCGUGACCCCCUCCCUCGUUGAAGCCGGACCACCACCACCAUCACCCCUUCCCCAUAUACAGGUCAAGUGGGGAGGGGUCUCUCCUUCCCGGCCCCUCCCUCCUUCCCAUGGGUCUGGGGUCACCCCCAGGUCAAGUGGGGAGGGGUCUCUCCUUCCCGGCCCCUCCUCCUUCCCAUGGGUCUGGGGUCACCCCCACGUCAAGUGGGGAGGGGUCUCUCCUUCCCGGCCCCUCCCUCUCUCCCUUCCAUGGCCUGGAUUUGGGUCUGGGGUCCCAUUCCCCCCCCCUUUGUAUUUUUGAUGAAUUUUGUAUUUUAAAGGCCUUUGACCCGCAAUAAACGUUGUCAUUGUCGUCCUCA